AGGUCUAAAUUUCAGAAGACAAAAGGCCAAGCCUUUGGACUCUUGCCUUGUUUCUCGAGACGGUGACCAGUUUGGUCUAUCUUGACAGGGCGGUAAGCCAGCGCCCAAAACAAUGCCAACAUCUCCAAAAGCCACACGGAAAACCCUAGUACUGCCAUUUCUUUGCAGGCAUCACAGCUUUUUGAUUUCCAUCAAACAACUCUAAAAUAUUUUUCUUCCUUUUAUCUUAGUAUCAGAUUUCUUUCAUAAUCCAUUUUUGGUUCUCAAUGUCGAUCUUCCCAUUGCUCAGUGAUCAUCCAGUGAUCUAUUUUAGUUAUUGAAUAGUUGAGAUUUAUCUGGGGUUUUAGCUUGUUGCUGGGUUAGUUUUGUAUUAGCUAUUAGUUUGAGCUGCGGGGCGUUUUGCUAUGGUAUCGUUCUUGGAUUCCUCACCAUCCCCAUGAAGAGUAGAGAGUUCAAUCAAAAACUCAACUUUGAAUCUGGGGUGCCCAAUAAAAAAUUUGGUCAUUUUCAAGUAGAGAUUUUUGGGUAUUUAGUUAAGCCUAGAAAUGGCUUGGGGUUACAGAUGACCCUAUUUUCAUUUACAACUCGUGCCUCAAGGGUUCGAGCCGCCUCCAAGGUCUUCAUUCCUCAUUUUCACAUUCAAUUUCACGGAGGAUCUCACCCGCAAGGCAAUAAAGAGGUAAAGACAAUCCAAAAGCACGAGGCUUGGUUCGUUAAGGUUGUGUGCACUCUCUUUGUUUAUUCACAGCCUUUAGAUGAUAGCUGUUUGAGUUAUCUGAGCAAGAAUUUGACUCCUUUAAUUGAAUUUGAAGUUGUUAAAUGGUUAAACAAUCCAGCAUUAGGUUUGAAGUUUCUCGAGUUCAGUAGGGUGAAUUUUAAUAUUGCUCAUUCUUUUUGGACUUAUAAUUUGCUUAUGAGGUCAUUUAGUCAUAUGGGUCUACAUGAUUCGGCUAAAUUAGUGUUUGAUUAUAUGAGGAUUGAUGGGCAUUUGCCUGAUACUACUAUUUUAGGAUUUAUGAUUUCGUCUUUUGGGAGGGCAAGUGAGUUUGGUAUGGCAAAGAAAUUGCUUGCUGAUGUUCAGUCUGAUGAAGUAGUGAUCAGUAUUUUUGCGUUAAACAACUUGUUGAAUAUGAUGGUUAAGCAAAAUAAACUAGAGGAGGCUGUUAGCUUAUAUAAAGAGAAUUUAAGAUCAAAUUUUUACCCAGACGCAUGGACAUUUAAUAUUCUAAUUCGAGGUCUGUGCAGAGUAGGGAAAGUGGAUCAGGCUUUUGAGCUUUUUAAUGAUAUGGGGAGUUUUGGUUGUUUUCCUGAUAUUGUUACAUAUAACACCAUUAUAAAUGGGUUAUGUAAGGUUAAUGAGGUAGAUAGAGGACACAAGUUAUUGAACCAAGUUCAAUCAAGAGAUGAUUGCUUACCAGAUGUUGUGACUUAUACAUCGGUCAUAUCUGGUUAUUGCAAGUUGGGUAAGAUGGACGAGGCAUCUGCACUUUUCCAUGAGAUGAUUAGUUCAGGAACUGUGCCUACUGUUGUCACUUUUAAUGUUCUGAUUGAUGGCUUUGGCAAGGUUGGUGAUAUGGUUUCUGCUAAAUCCAUGUAUGUGCAGAUGGCUUCUUUUGGUUGCAUUGCUGAUGUUGUGACGUUCACUUCCUUGAUUGAUGGCUACUGUCGAAUUGGAGAUGUAAACCAGAGUUUGCAGCUGUGGAAUACAAUGAAAGGGAGAGACUUAUCUCCAAAUGUUUAUACCUUUGCUAUUACUAUUAAUGCUCUAUGCAAGGAAAAUAGACUACAUGAGGCUCGCGGAUUUUUGAGGGAGUUGCAGUGUAGGAAUAUUGUUCCAAAACCAUUUAUCUUCAACCCUGUGAUUGAUGGGUUUUGCAAGGCUGGAAAUUUGGAUGAGGCCAAUCUGAUAGUAGCAGAGAUGGAAGAGAAGCAAUGUCAUCCUGAUAAAGUGACAUUUACCAUUCUCAUUAUAGGACACUGUAUGAAAGGAAGAAUGUUUGAAGCAAUUAGCAUUUUCAAUAAAAUGUUAUCAGUUGGUUGUACCCCAGAUGAUGUUACUGUAAAUUCUUUAAUUUCUUGCCUUUUGAAGGCUGGGAUGCCUAGCGAAGCCUCCUGCAUUACAAAAAUGGCAUCACAGGACAUGAAGUUGGGUUCAUCACUCUUGGAGAACAAUUCUCCUUUGAAGAUAAACAGAGGUGUGCCUGUGGCUGCUUAAGAGAAAAGCUUGCCAUCAUUGAACUUGGUGUCAUUCCGAAAUGUUGAGAAGGCUCUUCAUCAUGCAUCAAAUAUCCAAUUAAGCAUAUCCAGCUUGAAGCACAAACUGGCUUGCCUUCAGAUAGCAGAAAAUGCAUUUUUCAAGUUAUUGAUGGAAUCCUUAAUGGUACUCUGUUCUUGCCUUUUACACCAUUAUAUGAGGUUACUGUAAGAGAUUAAAGGCUGCUGCAGCUUAAAUCUGAAUUUGGUUGGGGAACAUCACCAUUGGAUGUUUGGCUUCAAAGGCUGGAUGAUGCUAUAGAAAACUGGCAUGAUGCUGAAUGAGUUGGAAAGUACCACGGAGGUUUGCUAUUUGUCUUGCAGUUGAAUAUGGUGUUCCAUAUCCAAUGAGAUCUCCAAACAUGAUAAUGGAAAAUUGAGCAAUACAUUGGGCAAAAGAAAGGAAAAUAGAUAGAUGAAUUUCGUGUUUUAGAUUUUAUAUUCCCUUCUUUCUUCGGAGCAAUCCAAUAUUGUUUGAUUUUUGGUC